AUGGUGCCAGAUGAUGUCUUGCAAGACCAAAUAGGGGAGGAUCUUGGUAAGUACAUGGCAGCAGAUGGAACACUUGGAUUACCUCAAGCUGUUAGAGCCAGAACCAGAUUGUCACCACUUAAUUGGUGGAUGCAAUUUGGUCAUGGAGUUCCAAACUCGAAAGAAUUUGCUAUUAGAGUUCAAAGUUUAACUUGUAGCUCAUCCGGAUGCGAGAGGAAUUGGAGCGUGUAUGAACAGAUUCAUACUAAGAGGAGGAAUAGGCUUGAGCUAAAGCAACUCAAUGAUCUAGUGUUCGUUAAAUAUAAUAGAACAUUGGAACGUCGUUACAAAGCUCGUGAUACCAUUGAUCCAAUUUUGUUGGAUAACAUUGAUGAAGCAAAUGAAUGGUUAACUGAAGCCCCCCAAAAUCAUGAAGAAGUAGAAGUAUAUGAAGGAGAAGGUCUCACUUUUGGUCAUGUUGCUGUGGCAAGUGGAGUUGAGGAGGAUAUUUAUGAUUUUAGGGGGAGUAAUUUAAGGAGCAAGGAAAAAGUAGCUAAAAGUUCAAGUAGAACCCUAAUUGAUGAAGCCUCUGAUGAAGAAGAAGAAGAAGAUGAUGACCAAUACAAUAACUCGAACGUGAUGACACUUCAAGAGAUUGGAGAUCUUGUUGAAGAAUAA